CUUUCCAUAUAUAUUAUAAUUCUCUUUGAUUCUGACAUUCGAUUCUUGUCUCAUAAUUUCUAUUUAGCCCCGUUACUCGCGUCUCGCUACCUAUUUUUCACAGUGCAGUCCGCAACCCGCUAGCAGUAGAUAGUCACUAUCAUUUACUAUCCGACAUCAGUUUUUAUUGUACUGUACAUUUGGUCGGACGGAUUUCGGCCAUUUCUUUUUAUAUUUUAGAACUAGUGAUUUUUUAUAAGAUUCUUUAAAGAUGUCGAAGAUCAAGGCUGGACCCGUAGUUGACAUCUUGGGUGAUGAGAUGACAAGAAUCAUCUGGGAUCUCAUAAAAGAAAAACUCAUUCUUCCAUUUUUAGAUAUUGAACUGCAUGUGUAUGACUUAGGUAUGGAGAACCGUGAUCAAACUGAUGACCAAGUCACAAUUGACUGUGCUAAUGCUGUCAAGAAGUACAAUGUUGGUAUCAAAUGCGCCACAAUCACCCCUGAUGAGAAGAGAGUAGAGGAAUUCAAGUUGAAGAAAAUGUGGAAGAGUCCCAACGGUACUAUCCGUAACAUUCUUGGAGGUACUGUAUUUAGGGAGGCAAUUAUUUGCAAGAAUAUUCCUCGUCUUGUCACUGGCUGGGAGAAGCCUAUCAUCAUCGGUCGUCAUGCGCAUGCUGACCAGUACAAGGCGACAGACUUUGUUGUACCUGGUGAAGGUAAAUUGGAGCUAAUUUUCACACCACCAUCUGGGGAGCCGAUUAGGCAUGUUGUUAAUGAGUACAAAGGUCCUGGUGUAGCUCUGGGUAUGUUCAACACUGAUGCAUCAAUUGUUGAUUUUGCUCAUUCAUCAUUUAAGUAUGCCUUGGAAAGGAAAUAUCCUCUGUACCUGAGCACUAAGAACACAAUCCUCAAGAAGUAUGAUGGCCGUUUCAAGGAUAUCUUCCAAGACAUCUAUGACAAGGAAUACAAAUCUCAGUUUGAAGCUGCUGGUAUCUGGUAUGAGCACAGGCUUAUUGAUGACAUGGUAGCUUAUGCCAUGAAAUCAGAAGGUGGUUUUGUAUGGGCAUGCAAGAACUAUGAUGGAGAUGUUCAAUCUGACUCUGUUGCCCAGGGUUAUGGUUCUCUUGGUCUUAUGACAUCGGUGCUUAUUUGUCCUGAUGGUAAAACUGUGGAAGCCGAGGCUGCCCAUGGUACUGUCACCAGACACUACCGCUUCUACCAGCAAGGAAAGGAGACAUCCACCAAUCCCAUCGCCUCUAUUUUCGCUUGGACCAGAGGCCUCCUUCACCGUGCCAAGCUAGACAAUAAUAACGAACUUAAAAACUUCGCCGAAACACUAGAAAAGGUGUGCAUCGACACUAUUGAGUCUGGUGUGAUGACCAAGGACCUUGCUAUUUGCAUCAAGGGAAUGAGCAAUGUGAAGAGAUCUGACUAUUAUGAAACAUUUGAGUUUAUGGACAAACUCGCCGAAAACCUAAAAGCCGCCUUAGGAAAAUGACUACAUCACAAGAAGAAAUGUAGUUUGUGAAACUAUAUACUUAACUUUUUACUCGACAGUAAUCUUUAUUACAAAGGAAUAAGGGUAUUUUGUAUUUGAAGCAUUUAUUUAUUAAUAUUUAUUACCGUAAUAAAUGCAUUUUUGAUUAUCUAA